AUGAUAAAGGACAUGAACGAUAAAGAAUUCAUGAACGAGAACACGAAAGAGGAACUGACGAGUCCAGCACCACGCACUCACCUUCAGGACGAGUCCAACACCACACACUCUACUUCAGGACGAGUCCAACACCACACACACUCACCGGAGGACGAGUCCAAUACUCACCGCCCACCGGAGGACGAGUCCAAUACUCACCGCCCACCGGAGGACGAGUCCAAUACUCACCGCCCACCGGAGGACGAGUCCAAUACUCACCGCCCACCGAAGGACGAGUCCAAUACUCACCGCCCACCGGAGGACGAGUCCAAUACUCACCGCCCACCGGAGGACGAGUCCAAUACUCACCGCCCACCGGAGGACGAGUCCAAUACUCACCGCCCACCGGAGGACGAGUCCAAUACUCACCGCCCACCGGAGGACGAGUCCAAUACUCACCGCCCACCGGAGGACGAGUCCAAUACUCACCGCCCACCGGAGGACGAGUCCAAUACUCACCGCCCACCGGAGGACGAGUCCAAUACUCACCGCCCACCGGAGGACGAGUCCAAUACUCACCGCCCACCGGAGGACGAGUCCAAUACUCACCGCCCACCGGAGGACGAGUCCAAUACUCACCGCCCACCGGAGGACGAGUCCAAUACUCACCGCCCACCGGAGGACGAGUCCAAUACUCACCGCCCACCGGAGGACGAGUCCAAUACUCACCGCCCACCGGAGGACGAGUCCAAUACUCACCGCCCACCGGAGGACGAGUCCAAUACUCACCGCCCACCGGAGGACGAGUCCAAUACUCACCGCCCACCGGACGCACUCCCAAUCACUCCACUCACCUGA